UAACUUGCCUAUUUUUUACAAUCUAAACUAGAAAGAAGAGAAGGAGAAGAUGGAGAUACCAGUGAUUGAUUUUAGUGAAUUCAAUGGUGAGAACAGGAGCAAAAUGAUGGGACUUCUGCAUGAAGCUUGUGAGAAAUGGGGUUUCUUUCAGGUUGAGAACCAUGGAAUUGAUAAGGAAUUGAUGGAGAAAGUAAAGCAGUUGGUGAAUUCUCACUAUGAAGUAAACUUGAAGGAAAGCUUCUAUGAAUCAGCACUAGCUAAAAGCUUGAAUAAUGGUGAUAAUACAUCUGAUAUAGACUGGGAGAGCACUUACUUCAUUUGGCACCGUCCAAAGUCCAACAUCAAUGAAAUCCCAAACCUGCCACAGGAUUUUUGCAAAUCAAUGGAUGAGUACAUAACUCGACUGAUAAAGCUAGCAGAGAAGAUUUCUGAGCUCAUAUCUGAGAACCUUGGUUUGGAGAAAGAUCAUAUAAAGGACGCAUUCAAAGGAGGUAGAGGUCCUUCUGUGGGAACAAAAGUGGCCAAGUACCCACAAUGUCCUCAGCCAGAGCUUGUGAGAGGACUUAGAGAGCACACAGAUGCUGGGGGGAUCAUACUUUUGCUCCAAGAUGAUCAAGUCCCAGGUCUUGAAUUCUUCAAGGAUGGAGAAUGGGUAGAGAUCCCACCAUCCAAGAACAACAGAAUUUUCAUCAAUACUGGUGAUCAACUGGAAGUGUUGAGCAAUGGAAGGUAUAAAAGUGCUUUGCACCGUGUCAUGGCUGACAAGAAUGGAAGUAGACUCUCCAUUGCCACCUUCUACAAUCCUGCAGGCGAUGCCAUUAUUUCUCCAGCACCCAAACUUUUGUACCCUAACAGCUACAGUUUUCAAGAUUACCUAAAGCUUUAUUCCACCACAAAGUUCAUGGAUAAGGGCCCCAGAUUCGAAUCCAUGAAGAAAAUGGCCAAUGGGCACAACGGUCUCUAUGUCUAAAAGUACAAUAACUAGUACUCCUAUACAGGGGUUCUCUGCCAUUCUGUAAUAGUAUUUCUACAUAAGAAAUGGCAAUUUUACUCUAAUUGCCAAUUUUAGUUGGA